AUGGGUGGCACUCGUGACAAAAAGAUUCAAUACUUCGCUAAGUUGAAGGAGCUCUUGACUGAGUACAAGUCGAUCUUCAUCGUCGGCGUGGACAAUGUCUCCUCUCAGCAGAUGCACGAGAUCAGAAAGGCCUUGAGAGGUGACGCCCAGGUUUUGAUGGGUAAGAACACCAUGGUCAGAAGAGCCAUCAGAGGCUUCCUUGCUGACUUGCCUGAGUACGAGAAGUUGUUGCCUUUCGUCAAGGGUAACGUUGGUUUCAUCUUCACCAACGGUGACUUGAAGUCCGUCAGAGAGGUUGUUACCGCCAACGUUGUUGCCGCUCCUGCCAGAGCUGGUGCCAUUGCUCCUAAGGACGUCUACGUCCCAGCCGGUAACACCGGUAUGGAACCAGGUAAGACCUCUUUCUUCCAGGCUUUGGGUGUCCCAACCAAGAUUGCCAGAGGUACCAUUGAGAUUGUCUCUGACGUCAAGGUCGUUGAGGCUAGCACCAGGGUUGGUCCUUCCGAGGCCGCUUUGUUGAACUUGUUGAACAUCUCUCCUUUCACCUACGGUAUGUCUGUGGUGCAGGUGUACGACAACGGUCAGGUGUUCCCAGCUUCCAUCUUGGACAUCACCGACGAGGAGUUGGUCGGCCACUUCGUGUCUGCCAUCAACACCAUCGCCUCCAUCUCCUUGGCUGUUGGUUACCCAACCGUGCCAUCUGUUGGUCACUCUGUCGUCAACCACUACAAGAACGUUUUGGCUUUGUCGAUUGCCACUGACUACACCUUCGAGGGCUCCGAGUCCAUCAAGGACAGAUUGGCUAACCCAGAGGCUUACGCUGCUGCUGCUCCAGCUGCUGCUGCCGCUGGUGACUCUGCUGCUGCCGAGGAGGCUCCAGCUGAGGAGGAAGAGGAGUCUGACGACGACAUGGGCAUGGGUUUGUUCGAUUAA